CCGCCAGUUUCUAAGGAACCGAGGGCACAGACUCGGUUGGGGGCGGAGGGCGGGGAGAAGACUGCGACUUUGGGAUUGGCCCGGUGGGGUGCAUGUGGCCCCCGGCGAGCAGCCCCCGCCUCCGCCCCGCAACCGCCGUCGCAGCCCCUGGGGAGCGCGGAGGAGGAGCCGCUCCCCGACUCCGUGGCCCGUGCAGAGGUGGGGGUCAGAGGCUGUCUCCCGCGCCCGGUUCAUCUCUGCCUUGACGGCUCAGCCCGCUUCUAGGACAGCUAUUGCCAUGGAGACCCCUGAGGCUAUAAAGCCAGGUAUCCAGGCGGGCGGCGGCUCCCGCGCCACUGAGCCCCCCAAGUAGGGAGCAAGCGCCCCGGUGCGGCCCGGCCCCCGCGAGAAGGGAGGAGGCGGAGGAACGGCGCCAGCAGCUUGAGGAGCGGCGCGCCCCGCCAGGGCUGGAGGCAGGCGCGUUCGGCGGGCGCCACCGUCUCAGCAGGGGAGCGGGGGCUGCCCCGGGUGCGGGUGAGUGGCGCGGCUCCAGGCCACUAGGGACUGAGGGGCAUCGGACACGGGGACAGCAGCGGGAGACUCAGGAGGGGACAGAGCUUCGACCUCCGUCGUCUUGUGGCGGGCCAGGCGGAGCUGGGAGUAGCGAGCAACCAACACCUCCAGGCGGGAAGCCCAGGGAAGGAGAAGCGAGACGCCGGGCGCGCGGCCAGGAGUAGCGAGGCCGCCGGAGCCGCGGGGACAACUCGAGUGGAGCCUCAGGACCCUCGGCCGCCGCCGCCCACGCGCAGAGGGAGCAGCACCAGAGCGCAGGCAGAGGCCGGAGCCCCGCGGGGCACGUGAACAGGGGCGCCCCCGUGCGGAGCUGCCGGGCCGCCCGGUCGCUGCAAGGGCCAUGCUCAAGCCCAAGGACCUGUGCCCCCGAGCGGGCACGCGCACCUUCCUGGAGGCCAUGCAGGCGGGCAAAGUGCACUUGGCCCGCUUUGUGCUGGACGCCCUGGACCGCAGCAUCAUCGACUGCCGCGCUGAGCAGGGCCGCACACCGCUCAUGGUGGCCGUGGGGUUGCCGGACCCCGCGCUGCGAGCGCGCUUCGUGAGGCUGCUGCUCGAGCAGGGUGCGGCGGUGAACCUGCGGGACGAGCGCGGCCGCACGGCGCUCAGCCUGGCGUGCGAGCGCGGCCACCUGGACGCCGUGCAGCUGCUGGUGCAGUUCAGCGGCGACCCCGAGGCGGCUGACGCGGCGGGUAACAGCCCCGUGAUGUGGGCGGCGGCGUGCGGCCACGGGGCGGUGCUCGAGUUCCUGGUGCGCUCUUUCCGCCGCCUCGGCCUGCGCCUUGACCGCACCAACCGUGCGGGCCUCACUGCGCUGCAGCUUGCCGCCGCUCGCGGCCACGGGACCUGCGUACAGGCCCUCACCGGACCCUGGGGCCGAGCCGCAGCCGCUGCCGCGGCUCGGGGCUCCAGCUCCGACAGUCCCCCCGGCCGCUCGGCUCCCGCGCCCAGCCCCGAGCGCCGACGACCCAGCCCCCGCCGCCUUCCGCGGCCUCUCCUGGCGCGCUUUGCGCGAGCGGCUGGCGGUCAUGGUGGCCAUGGCAGCCACGGCGGUCACGGCGGUCACAGCGGCGAGGCAGGCCCAGGGGGCAAGGGCUCGGGCCGGCAUCGGGCUCAGGGCAGCGAGCGGCCCGAGCUGGGCCGGAGUAUGAGCCUGGCGCUGGGUGCCGUGACCGAGGAGGAGGCGGCUCGCCUGCGAGCGGGGGCCCUCAUGGCCCUACCACACUCGCCUCAGUCUUCGGGGACCGGGCGGUGGCGCUCGCAAGAGGUGUUGGAGGGAGCGCCUCCGACCUUAGUACAAGCCCCCAUGGGCCUUAGCCCCCACCCAGAGGGCGGCCCCGGCUCUGGCCGCCUGGGUUUGCGACGACGCUCUACAGCCCCAGACAUCCCUAGCCUGGUGGGGGAUGCACUGGGGUCCGAGAGCGGUCCGGAGCCUGAGGCCAACGCUCUGCCUCUCUCGGUGCCUGGGCCACAGCCUUGGCAGGCUGGCACGGAGGCCGUGGUGCUGCACGCUCAGCAGUAAACCGCGCUGAAGCCCGAGUCUUGAGCCCCGCUUUGCCUCUCCUCCCUCUUCCAUCUCUCCACCUUCACUCUACUGGGAUUUCUCCCUUUUGUCCAGGUCCCUCACUUCCCGGCAGCUUCCUGACCGGACUCCAGAAAUUUCCUGUGCUGCCACAGCGACUCCGCCAUCACCUCUGUCUCUGAGAGUGACCCCCAUCUUAUUUCUUUGUGUUGGUUGGGGUUCCCUGCCUAGGUCUCUUCCCUUCCCUAUGGCCUGCCUUUCCUGUCCUUGGAAGACAAAGGACAGAAAGCAGUUUCUGUAGCUAGUCUUCCAGCCAGGAAGACGGGCUGCUCUCCUCUAGCCCUAAGGGUCAGUCCUUGGCUGCCUCUGGACCUGGGCAGCCAGGCAGGCAGAAAAGUUAGUUCUGUGGAACAAAUGUGGGCCUCCCCAGGGAACAUCACUGUCUGUCUAGAGAUGUGCUGACAAUAAUGCCACUAAAUCUCCCUUCCCUUGAAGUGUUAGAGAAGGAGCACAGAGAGGGGCCCCAGCGCCUUUCUGGACAGCGAGGCUGGUUAGGAGGGAAUCUGGAGCUUAAGUUUUUCUGGAGGAGAAACACUCCUGCCUUGAGACAAUGAAAACAGAUUUGGGGUGGGCGGAACCCCUGGUUUUGAAUGCCUGUUGUCCCUUUAGCCAGCUUCUGGAUGAUUUUAGCAUUCAUCUUCUUCAUUGACUUAUGUGGGACCACAAGCUGCAAGUCAUCCCUCCGCUCCAACCCCUAGCUCAAUUCCUGGCUCCUGCCCCAGCCUUCUCCUCAGCUAGGCUGGAUUUAAGUUCCAUCUUUGAGGUUCAGUACUCAAGGCCUCACCAGCCACAGGCCCUAUCCGCCCGUGGCCUGGCCUUAUUUCCGCUCACUUUCAGAAACGGAAAGGACUUAGCUCUUCGCCUGCCUGCCCCCACCGCCUCCCAGCUCCCAGGCCCUGCACGUGGGUGCUCCCGCAGGGUGGAACGGUUGCGAAGGCUUUGCUUAAUUGUAUUUCUUCCAAUCCCCAAAGAAGUCGUGUUUUGAGCCUUUGUAUAUGAAGCAAAAAGCAGCGGGUCUGAUCCGAGGCUUAAGAACCUGACAAUGUCUCUUUAAAUAGAAGCUCCGCGAGGGGGAUAAUUGACUGAAGUGUUUGCUGCGUUAAACGGCGGCGCGCGGGAGGCGGGAGCCCACACGAGCCGCAGGUCUGGGUUUAAAUUACAUCAAACUCCGGCGAGAGCAGGAAGGGGCCUGUUAAGGGGCUCCUGCUUCUCGCUGGGCCGUGAAUGGAGGGCUGGGCGGAUGAUGGAUGCUUGAGGUGGAGACCAGGGACUCUUGCCUCUGCCUCACCGCGUGGGUCGCAAGCGCGGCCCAGCUUCAUUGUGGGCAGAUUAAUGAGUCAGAGGCAACCGCGGAGAAGUGGUUAGAGGCCGUUUCUCGGCCUCGGCCUUGGUCCUCUUCCUCCCCUCCCCACCGGCCUUCACUUUGUGCUUGCCUGGUGAGGGAGGUUAGGAGUGGAACGGGCGCUAACGGGCGCUAGGACCCAGCGGAAGCGCUUGCACACGUGUUUGUGCGCCCAGCCCGCGGGGUGGCAGCUGGUGGGGUCUCUUUUUGUGAACCCCAAAGGUUGAGCCUGCAGCCCCUCACAUGCUUGCGGUGGGGUUUGUUCGUUUUUGCAGAACGCAAGGUUUCUGGCCAGUAAUUCCGAGGAAAUUGCUCAGAGUGAGAAUGACCCAAGCUGAGAAAUUGGGCCUGAGGGUGGAGGGUGGAGGGUGGGAGGCCGGGAGUAGACCUUAUGCGGGUGUCACACCUCCCCGAGAGUGGGCCAGGCCACGCGGACCUGCACGCUGGACGCGAUCUCUGGUGCCCCCUGGUGGUAACGCUGUGCUUUCACCUCUGCGCUCUCUUUCGGAGUUUGGGAUCGCCUCUGUGUACUUCUGCCUCCGUAUUUAUUCACGGAUCCCUCUUCCUUUUGUAGAAUAUUAAAUCCGAAUACUUGAAUUCAUUUAACAGCAGUGAAGUGAGGAACAAUGAAUCUCGCAUUCCAAGUAGCAGGCGCCAGACCCUUCACCAAGGAUCCCAAGAUCUUCCAAGGUCCGGCUCUGCAGUUCAGAGAGCCCCUGCCUUCUUAUGGAAAACUGGAGCUGCCAACCCCUCGCUUAUGAUUUCUGAACCUCGGGACUUGCUGAUCUUGUACUGUUUUCGUCUGAUGAUACUUGCUUUCGUUUCUGAGGUGUUUCAUCGUUUCCCCACCCCCUUCUCCCAAAACAUCUGCCUUUCUUCAGUUCCACUGUUAUUAGGUGGGUGGGUGGGAGCGUGAACAACGGUAAGUGCCUGAAAAGUCAGAGGCAGUGGGUCUGGAGUGGGGUGGGGAAUAAUUGGAUACUCCAAGUGCAAACUGCUUUUUUCUGAUCCUUGCUUGCUCACUUAUUCCCUUUUCAACUGUGUUUAAUUUUCAUGGAGUUUCAAAUUGUGUAAGAAUACAAGUAUUUUGGCUUCUUAAGAAACACCACGAGGUCUGGGUUGCACAUUGUGUGGUGGGUGCUGUCAUCUUUCCAGUGUUGUUGACAUGUGGCUUUCUGACUGAAAGUCACCUUGGCUCCCCUUUGUUGGGUAAACAAUCAUGAGGACUCCUCUUAGUGGAGUUGUCAAGAGCUUGGUGGUUGAAAGUAAUGUUUCUUAAAAACCGCAGCAGAUCUUUCCUGUCUGAGCUGAAUUGUGUGUUUGACUGAUUUGCUGAUCUAGAUUUCUUACCAACCUCUGCUCUGGGCAGAACUUGUAAAUUUCACCCCUACUUCCCUCUCCUGGAUUUCCUCAUUGUGGGUCCAAGGGCAUUGAGGCUGGGCUCCUCCCUCCUUAGAAGAGACUUUUCUAAACAUUUUGCUUUUCCAACUCUUCCUGCUUUCGUACUUGUGAAGAGUCAAGUUCUGAGAUCAAGUUCACAAGUGGUCUGCGUGCGACACUCGACGUACGCACACCCUUUUAGAAUGACACUGUUUGGUGGAAAGACUAUUAGAACAAGAGAACAGUUAAUAAAUCCAGUAUUAUUCAGGUGA